UUUUCCCUCUCUUUCUCGCUUUCUCGCUCUCUCUCUUUGUUUUACCUUCCCGCAAAGAAUUCUUGCCCCUUAAUAUCGAAAACGGCAAAACGCGAAGCAUCAUCAAGCAGGAAGCACGUCGUCGUCGUUCUUUGCCGCAUACAGAACAAUGUCUCUAAUGGGGGAGGAGGGUCGGAGCUACGAACUGGCCAGAAAGCUCGAGGCCUGCGGGGUGUGGCGCUCGUGGCUGGGCGACUUCAAAUAUGCCGGUUUCUCCGAUUUCCUCAACUCGCCUUCCUCAUGGAAAGCCUUCAUGCGGAUCGACGAGUCCAAUUCUAGGGCUCAUAUCCAUCUCCAACUCCGGGUUCGAGCGCUCCUCUUCGACAAGGCCAGCAUCUCUCUCUUCCUCCGCUCCAAUCCGUUGUCUUCUUCGUCUCUAGCAUCUUCUUCUAUUGCAGUUUCAAAGCUCAAUCCGAGUUGUGAGUCUUCAAUUAGAUUCUCAGCAUGUUUUUUUGGCUGUGGAUUCGGUGAUGACGUUUACUUCACGUUGGAGAACUCUGCACAAGACUGGGUACAACAGUGGGAAGGUGGUGUUUUGUCCAAUACGGCGUCUUCCAAGGUUCGAUUCCUCAAUUUCAUCCUCUUUUAUCUCUACUUGUUUGCUUGUUUUUUGAUUUUAAAAAGUUUUGGUCAUCUUUGCUUGGUUCUCACCGGGAUGGGCAGUUUAGGAGAUUUAUAAUAGAGGGUAGCAUGAAAUUGAGUGAUAAGGAUAAAAAUUAUUACUUGCUAUGUUCUAUGCCAAGUUCUUAACAUAUAACAAAAAAUUCUAUCUAACUUUGAAUGGUUCUUUAAAUCAAAGCAACAAUAUAUUUUCUUGAGUAGCUCAAUAAAAGAAAAAAAUUGAAAAUAAAAAUUCUGCUCUGGUUGAAUGAUGAGUGAUCUCGGCAAAUGGGCACUAGUAUAAAGUUUGCUCUUGUAUAAGGCCAUCUUCUAAGGUAGUACUAGGAACGAAUGAAAGAAUAGAUCAGAUUAGAGAGACAGAAAAAGGCAAUUAACUAAAUCUGUUCUUUUGCAGCAACAAGCUGCUGUAAAUCUAAAACAUUGGGUACUUGUAAUUUCAGCAAUGCACUUUUAUUUUAGAUGUAUGUACUGCCUAUUGUUGCAGAGGACUGUGGUAUAUACUGCCUGUCAUUUGUUGUUGUUUGGUGUCAAGGGGAAAAACAAAAUCAAAAUACUUAAAAUGUAUGAACCAGAAUUCUGUAUAUGUCAAAGUUGAAUUUCUGUUAACUUUUUUAUAUAUGAUUCUUCCAAACAAAUACCUUAAUGUUAAAGUAAGUCUAGCUAAUUUAGUUUUUUGUGCUGUAUAUGAUGGAAAAAUCAAGCAUGAGUGCAGUAAAGGUAAUAUGAGAAAAUUUAUCUAUGCUAACAGUCCCAAGCAUUGACACUUGUUUACAAUAUCUGUGCUAACAUCUUUCACUUUUCUUUUCUCAUUUUGACUCCCUUUUAUUUACUCUCUCUCUCUCUCUCUCUCUCUCUCUCUCUCUCUCUCUCUCUCUCUCUCUCUCUCUC